AUGUUGCGCACCCGCGAUGUCGCCUAUGAUGACGACGACGACGUGUAUGAUGAUGACGACUACUACUCUGAGGAAGAAGCAGCGGCAGGCGACGGCAUGACCGAGGACGACAAAGAGCAGAUGCGCAUAGGCACCAUCAGCGUGCGAGAGGCGCUGGGUGAAUUCGAGGCAGGCGUAAGCGACGCACAAAUACAAGAGUCGCUUUGGCACUACUACUACGACGUCGGGAAGACGGUGACGUACCUGAAAAACAAGCUGGGUGGUGCGCACACGCCCAAGGAGACGCCCAAGAAGGAGAAGGUCGUGUCCAAGUUCGACCAAGCUGCGAGCGCAGCAGUGGAGAAAGCACCCAUAGCCGCAGGUAAGUACACUUAUGCACAUAACAGCAACGUCCAAGAGCCUGCCUGCCCCGUUUCCCUGAGCCCGCCGCCGAACACGAUGCCAACCUACGAUGCAGAUGACUUCUUCUGGGAUGUGCCGUGGGGCAAUGUGCCGGCGCAUCGUGUGGGGAACAUCACCGUCCACCCUCCUCGUGCGAGAAUUGGCCUUUUGGGGGGAUCAUCCAAGCUCGCAGCCCUCGCAGCCAAACGCCGGAAGGAACGCGAGGAGGCGCAAGCUGCAUCAUCAACAUCAGGCGUGGGCACAGAUGCCGCCAUUGCUAUGCUUGACAAGCUCUCUGUCACGGGCGAUACAGCUCCUAGCCUUCGCGGCGGCCAUGUGCCAAAGCCCAGAUACCCAGCCCGACGACGCUCUCCUUCUCCAAAGGCCGAGACGCCACAGAAUGAGACACCUGAGGAGCCUGAAGCACCAAAACCAGCAGUCGUAGUGGAGCGUCCAGCUGAACGAGCAGUCGCCUCUACCUUUGCUUCCACACUGUGUGGCUCUUCCAACGCUGCUCAGUCUGUCAUGGAAGCGUUUCCAAUACCGUACACGAAUCUUAAAGGAUAUUCUACCGCGAAUGCAUUCGACACGCCCAGUCCAGAUGACGUCGUUCGCGCAGCCCAGGCCAAGGGAGCGGGAGGAACUACACCCAAAAAGAAGAAAGGAACAUCGAAUGGCGAUAAGCUGGCCGAUUCAUUUGGGAGUCUUGUCAUUGAAGAGUCUCGUAUCAAGAGCAAGAACCUGAAUGUGGUUGACGAGUUCGAAAAGAGCAGUCCGAAGCGGAUAGCUAACUUUGUUGUCGUUGGCCACGUCGAUCAUGGCAAGAGUACACUUAUGGGUCGUCUUCUAUACGAUCUGAAAGUAGUAGACCAACGCUCUCUCGAUAAGCUCCGGAAAGAAGCCGAGACGAUCGGAAAGUCUUCCUUUGCUCUCGCGUGGAUCAUGGACGAGACGAGUGAGGAGAGAAGUCGCGGCGUGACUGUUGAUAUCGCCACAAACUACUUUGAGACGGAGAAGACGCGAUUCACGAUCCUCGAUGCACCCGGACACAAAGACUUCAUACCGAACAUGAUAUCAGGAUCUUCACAAGCCGACUUUCCCGUCCUCGUCAUCGAUGCGAGCACAAAUAGCUUCGAAGCAGGUCUCAAAGGUCAAACAAAGGAGCACAUUCUCAUUGCACGAAGCAUGGGUAUGCAACACAUCAUCGUCGCAGUCAACAAGAUGGACACAGUGUCCUGGUCGAAACCACGCUUCGACGACAUCUCAAAACGCAUGAAAGUGUUUUUGACCGAAGCAAGUUUUCCAGAGAAGCGUAUCACUUUCAUUCCCCUUGCAGGUCUGACAGGCGAGAACGUGGUCAAGAGAGUUGCCAACCCCGCCGCAGACUGGUACACGGGCGAAACCCUCCUCGAAGCCCUUGAACGCAUAGAGCUGCCCGAACGAAAUAUGCAAAAAGCCCUGCGCUUUUCUGUCUCGGACGUCUUCCGUGGCGACAUGCGCUCCCCACUCAGCAUAUCUGGUCGUAUCGAUUCGGGCACACUGCAAGUCGGCGACAUUAUCUUGACGCUACCCGCCAACGAGACUGCAACCGUCAAGGCAAUCGAAGUCCAAGACCAGCCCGUUGACUGGGCCGUCGCAGGUCAAAUCCCCACGCUCCAUCUCGCGAACAUCGAUCCGGUGCACAUUCGAAAAGGCGACAUCGUGUGUCCGCCCAACGCACCAGUCAAGCUUGUAAAAGCGUUUUCUUCCAAGCUUCUCGCUUUUGAGCAUGUUCUUCCCUGUCCAGUUGAGGUGUUCCGAUCGACGCUGAACAGCCCUGGUGGCAUUCGUACGUUGAGCGCUAAGCUGAACAAGUUCACUGGCGAGAUCGUCAAGAAGCGACCGCGCAUCGUGAAGCCGGGUGAGGUGGCGCGAGUGGUGGUCGUGUUGGAGAGAGAACUGCCGAUUGAAGAGGGGAUGAGGGUUGUGGUGAGGGAGAGGGGCAGGACGAUUGGUGCAGGACUCAUGGAGAAUGUUGCGUAG